AUGGAGGAGGCGAAAGAGACGCUAUUGGCUUUCAGAAUCGCUUCGCAUCAUCUUAUAAUAAACUCUAGACCCAACAUUCUGUUGCUUAUGGCUGAUGAUCUUGGAAUUGGAGACCUUGGGUGCUACGGUAACACCACCAUGAGCACACCUAACAUUGACCGUCUUGCAAGAGAAGGAGUGAAGCUGACUCAACACCUGGCGGCAGCCUCCGUGUGCAGCCCGAGCAGAGCAGCUUUCCUCACAGGGAGAUAUCCCAUCCGAUCAGGAAUGACAUCUUCUUUCAACAUGAACCGGGCCCUCGCGUGGCUAGGAGGGUCAGGGGGGCUUCCCACCAAUGAAACCACCUUUGCGACACUGCUACAGCAGCGAGGGUAUCGGACGGGACUGAUAGGAAAAUGGCACCUGGGCUUGAGCUGCGCGUCACGCAACGACCACUGUUUCCACCCGCUGAACCACGGGUUUGACUAUUUCUAUGGGCCCCCACACACCAUGUUAAAUGACUGCCAACUCUCCAAGACCCCCGAACUGCACAGGGACCUCCGGACGAAACUCUGGAUUUCCAGCGUCACCCUGGGCCUGGUCCCCGCCCUCCUCCUCGUCCCCACGAUCGUCGGCUGGUACCCCGUCCCCUGGACGGUCGUCGCGGUCGCCGCCGUAGGCGCCCUGCUGUUUUUCGCUUCCUGGUACUCCAGCUACGGCUUCGUCCGCCGUUGGAAUUGCAUCCUCAUGAAGAACCACGAGAUCAUUCAGCAGCCGAUGGAGGAAGAAAGAGUGACUUCCCUUAUGCUGAGAGAGGCUCUGGCCUUCAUCGAAAGGAACAAGCACGGCCCUUUUCUCCUCUAUGUUUCCUUCUUACAUGUCCGGGCUCCCCUGUUGACCACAGAGGAAUCUGUUGGCCACAGCAAGCAUGGAUCCUAUGGAGACAACGUGGAAGAAAUGGAUUGGAUGACAGGAAAAAUUAUCGAUGUAAUCGACAAGGAAAGCUUGAGAUUCAACACCCUGGUGUAUUUUACCUCUGACAACGGAGGACAUUUGGAAUCUCAAGAUCAAACUUCGCAGUUGGGUGGAUGGAAUGGAAUAUAUAAAGGUGGCAAAGGAAUGGGAGGCUGGGAAGGCGGGAUCCGCGUGCCCGGGAUUUUCCGGUGGCCGGGCGUGCUGCCCGCCAGCGUGGUCAUCGAUGAACCCACGAGCCUCAUGGAUAUUUACCCUACCGUGACCUUCCUGGGUGGAGGAACCCUGCCCCGCAACAGGGUGAUCGACGGGAGGAACCUUUUUCCUUUACUGCGGGGAGAAGUCAACCAAUCAGGGCACGAAUUUUUGUUUCACUACUGUGGGACCCAUUUGCACGCGAUACGGUGGCACCAAAAAGACUGUGGGACAGUAUGGAAGGCCCAUUACGUGACCCCCAAGUUCACCCCGCCGGAAGCCGGAGCCUGCUACGGGAGCCAGCUGUGCCCAUGUUCCGGAGAGGUGAACCAGCACGACCCCCCUCUCCUCUUUGACCUCUCGCGGGACCCCCGCGAGGCAGAGACCCUGACCCCCGACAACGAAGCUCUCUUCGACGCCGUCGUGGCCAAAAUGGCAGAGGCGGUGAGGGAGCACCGGGAGCGUCUCUCCCCGGCGCCUCAACAAUUCUCCUUCUUCAACUCUCUCUGGAAGCCAUGGCUGCAGCCGUGCUGUGGCAAUUUCCCCUUCUGUGGCUGCGACAAGGAGGACAACGGCAGCCUUCCCGCAGUCCCAUGA